ACAGCCCACAGGCUGAGGCGUUGCUGCAUUGUUGGAGUCCUCCAGCCGCCGGUGGCGCACGUGAGCCGCACUGCUCCGGCCAGGACGAACAGCGUGCGUGACCUUGUGGUGCCCGCCUUCCGGUCCGGCGGAAGUAAAACACUCGGCUGGGGCUGCGACGUCGUUGUGUUGUUUACGGAUGGAUUUAAACAGAAAAGACCGGUAAAAAAAUAACAUCAACAGCGCCGCACAGGCCGGCCUGGGGACUCGGAGAGUCACUACAUUUUAUUGUAAUUCCUGCUAUUCCAGAUCCUGCUCAAUUGAGUGUGUUCUCAAGUGAUGGACGGUACACCAGACACUGGAUGCUCAACUACUCCAGGAUCACCACAAGGAGUAAAACAGGAUGAAGGUGAAUCACCCGAAGGCCAUAAUACCUACAAUGGAUCACAGAAAAAUGAGAAGCGGGGUGAAAAGAAAACUGAGGAGCAGCGUGUGACUAAGAAGAGAGGCUGGCCAAAGGGCAAAAAACGAAAAAAGAAUAUUCCCAAUGGUCCCAAAGCUCCACUGACAGGCUAUAUGCGAUUUUUGAAUGAACGGCGUGAGCAGUUGCGGGCACAGCAGCCAGAUUUACCUUUUCCUGAAAUCACCAAAACUUUGGGCAGUGAAUGGAGCAAACUUCCACCUGAAGAUAAACAGUGCUACCUUGAUGAAGCUGAACGGGCAAAACAGCAAUACAUAAAAGAACUGCAGGAGUAUCAGAAAACUGAAGCUUAUAAAAUGAGCACAAUUGCUGUCCAGGAAAAGAAAUUAAGGAAAGAAUCUGCUCAUUCAAUGUCAAAUGGCAUGCAUGCUGAGAAGAUCGACAAUGAGCAGCAAGGAAGAAUGUCCAUGUUUAAUAUUCCAAUAUUUACAGAAGAAUUUCUUGAUCAUAACAAAGGAAGUGGAGAAAGUGUGACAUUAGACACAGUUGAUUCCUUUAUGACGAAACUUCACAGUAUUAUAGACGAAGACCCUCAACAGAAUGAGAAGCUUGUGAGAAAGGUGCAAGAGAUCGUUAGCAAUUUAGGCAACAGUGAUGGGCCUUAAAACAACAUGAUUUUAAUCAGAGAAGAUGGUUCACAGAUGUCCAUGUUGGCUGCAAUCCCAGCUCCUUAUUUUCUUAGAAUUUAAUGAAGAGAUUGCUGCAGCUCCAUGAAGAAGGUGCAGUUAUUCUUUUGUACUAGAGACUAAUUAUACAGAUCUACAAGCUUACAAAUCCUUCAAGAUCAAAGCAAGGGGAUUUGAAUGGAAUAACAGACUAAACACUAAAUGUUUUAAGAAGAAAUUGUAUUGGAAGAAACGAGUCGGGAUAUUGGUUAAUGAUUUAGUGACUAGGCUACUGAAAGCAAUGUAUUGUUACAUUUACAACUUCUUUGUCAACUGUGGCAUCAUGCAGGUUGUGACCUCCAAGUUGAUUUUGUAGUUUUUACUAACUUUUAUAAUUAGAGUACCUUUUUGUUCUUGCACAUUCUAUAGGUUUAGAAACUGCAUUAUCUGUUAUCAUUUUGUUAGUUACAUUUGUAUUAACAUUUUGUAGCUAAACCUGAAACUUUUAUUGGGUAAGGAAAAGAGUGCCAGAUUUACAAACAGCAUUAGUUAUAUGAAAGGAGGGAUGUAGCCAGUGCCAUCUCCAGAUUAACAUAGUCAUGUUUCUAACUAGUAAAUAUAAGCUAAUGAUCUUUUAUUACUUGUAGACCACAUUAGAAAAGAUUCUGGUGAAGUGAAAUCCAUGAUAAAUUCACUUCUUUUUAAAUUUAGAAUUUAUACUUGUUCAUUUUCUUUCAAGUUACAACUCUAAACAGAUUAAAUUAUUGUUGAGAAUAAAUUUUUCUUUAGUAAAAUAGAGUUGAUUGUUUUACAAACUUUCUGGAUGUACAGUAGCAGUUGUUUGCAUGCAUGGGGUCUAUUUAGGAAAAGUUAUAGUCUGAAUUAUUUUGCAAAGUGAUAUACAUUGAUGUCCAUAACACCAUAAGGAAUGAUGGUGAACAUAGAAUCGUCUUCCAACUUUACCAAAUUGUGACAUAUAGUUAUCUUGAGAGCAAUCCUUUCAAAUAUUCUAUUGUAGUAAAAUACCUAUUUUCUAAAAGCCAGCAGCACAGUUCACUGAUCAGUUUCUAGACAGCAAGGUCCUUCAAAUAACACUUUUACUAUGUACUAUAUGAAGCACUAAUUAGAUUUUCUUUGAAUGAAUGACUGUGACAGGGUAGUAACAUUCCUUAAAAUGUGUUACACCUUUGAGAUGGUUCUCAAGUAAAGGGAGACCAAAAUGCAAAUCAGCUCACUGAGACAAUCUCCUAGUUGCAUCUGCCAAUCGCUUCUCUUCUUUGGUUGAAGAAGCUGAAUUUUUUGUAAAAUUGCACCUGUUCCAGCCUUUGCUUUGUACCUUUCCCCAUUUUUUUUUCUCUCUCGCUCUCACACUCGCUCUCGCUUGUCUAUCCUCAUGCCCGUUGGGCCACCUCUUGUUUACAAGAUCUACCUCUGUUUAAAUUCCCACCCGUCAGGUUUUAAUACUAUCAAAAUUGUUCUUACGCAAAUUAUGCAUAACCUUCUGAGUGACUGAGAGAAGUAAACUAUUCACUUUUGACCAUCUGCAGCUUUUCGCACAUUAGCCACACCAUCCUCAAGGAGCUGCUCUUUAUUAUUGAGCUGGGUGGGAAUCGAUUCCCUGGUUUCAGACUUGGUUAAUAAGCAGGAGCCUGAGAAUCACCUGCAUUAUCAUUGUUUCAUCUCACUCAGACCAUUAUGUUUGAAAACAAGACUGCAUUCUCCGUGAUAACACCCAUUUCUACUUCCCUUGACCUCUCCUUCCACUAUUUGUUCAUUGAGUUCUGGAUGUCUGACAAGUGGUUUGACAAUGGGUAGAAAUGCCAUUGUUUUUACUCCCCUUCACAAACUCCCAUUUCCUUUAUUGAAACUCAACCGGGAUAUCACAAACUUGAUCCCGGGGGUGAGCUUCCAAUUGUACAUCCAUGCCAUCAUGUAGACCACCUUUUCCAUCUCCAUAGCAUUGCAUGACUCAAGCCCUGUCUUCGUUCAGCUGUUGCAGAAAUGCUGUUGCUUGCUCUUAUUACCUAUAGCUAAGAUUGACUAUUUUAAUACACUGUUGGCAGACUGCCCAAGUUCAAUUACUAGUAAACUUGAGGCCAUCAAAAACUCGCUUGAUCUUGUCCUUGUGCAAGGUCCUUUUUCACCUAAUCUAUAUUGGUUUUCAUUUACACAAUGCCUUGAUUUUAAAAUUUUCAUUUUUGGGACUGAAGCACUCUGUGAUUUUUGCCUCUACCUAUCAUGUAGCCUUUUGCAGCCUACAAACCUCUGAUUUACUUGUUCUCCUCAAUUGUGAUCUGUUAACUACUGCACAACUGGCAACUGUGCCUUCAGCUGCCUGGGCCCCAGGCUUUGGAAUUCCCUCUGUAAAUGUCACUUUUUUUUUGAUAUACACUACUUAAAACCUACCUCUUUGACCAGAUUUUGGUCAUCUUCCCUAAUGUCUCCAUAUGUGGAUUGAUGUCAAAAUAUUAUAUUCCUGUGAAGUGCCUUGAGAUAGUUUACUCAGAUUUUGUUAAUUACUGUCAGGUUGCUGAAAUGUGCAUAACUUAAACAACUGGGUUCAGGGAAUUUUCUGAGCCCAGCUGAGACAUCGCUAGGAUGGUUACUUUGAGUUGUGUGUUUAAUAACUGUGAAAUUAACCAGUGCUGUUGUGAAUGUCUCACAGAAUCAUGAUAGGGAGUUUUAUAGCCACUUGUUCAGACAUGCUGAAGUACAAUUCCUUGGUUGAAUAACUAUCUGAAUUUUGACUAAGUGCACAUUCUCUCUGUUACAAUUAUAACCGGGUUAUUCAAAUGUGAGACUCCCAUCCAAGCUUAAUUCUGUUUUUCUCUCCUGACAUAUAUGCAUGUAUACAUUCUAGCAAAUGUCGAUGGAUAGUUUCUGAAAGCAGAACUCUGAAUUGUUUAUUGGCCAUCCACUCUCCAGCUCAAGGACACAAGCCAGUUUUAAUUAGCCUGCUUUCUUCAUGAGAAUCGGCAAACUCUGCAAAGGCAAGACAUCAGUUGUGUCAGUCGGGCGGCACGGUAGCUCAGUGGUUUGCACUGCUACCUCACAGCGCCAGGGACACUGGUUCGAUUCCAGCCUCU